UGAUAAGGAAAUCGGGGUUUGCGAAAAGGGCCGAAAACAGGCGAAUGAUUUUGGAGACGAUUGCUAAGCGCAAGAUUGAGAGAGUUCAGUAUGACAAAAUGAUUCAAUGUAAAAGAGAUAAAUAUAUUUAAUGUGUUCGUAUAAUUCUGUGUUUUGUUAUUUUUGUAUUCAUGCUCUCUCUGUUUCUGUCUUCAAGUUAAAUAUUUAAUUUUCUGGUUAGAUUUGUAACAUUGUGGCGACCGUGACGUAGUUUUUCUUGAAGAAUUUAAAGUGAAUAAUUUCUGUCGAAAAACGUGGCCAAGAUGGACGCCUUGAAGAGAACUCGAACGAUCCACCGAACGGCAUUCACGAGAACACUCAGCGAAAUGAAUGCAAUAUUGGAAAGAGAUGAAUUGGACAAGGAUCAGAUCGCUGUUGUGUUUGAGUUGUUGGAAGAAAAAAUGACCGAUCUAGAUAAAUCUUCGAGAUUGGUGUUGGAUGCUAUUCUUUCCCUUGAUGUAAGCGUGGAUAUUGCCGCCAUAUUUGAAUCUGAAGGAGCGUCUACUGACGAAUAUCGAAAACGAUUUCUUGCUGCAAAAAGGACUGUAACUAAGUUGUUGGAACAAACGCAGGUUUCAAGAGGCAGUGUUUUAUCAAGUCCAAUUUCGGUUCAUCAAAAUAACAGGAAGACGUUUCAACUGCCAAAAAUAGAAAUAGUAAAAUUCUCUGGAAAUGUGCGUGACUGGUUAAUGUUCUGGAAUCAGUUUCGAAAAAUACACGAGGAUCCGGAUAUUGAUGCAGAGGAUAAGUUUCAACACCUAAUACAAUCUAUGGAAACUAAAUCUCGAGCUUACGAAUUGGUGAGCAGUUUUCCACCUACAAGAGAGAAUUAUGAAAACGUUAUCGCUAGCUUAAAAAAUCGGUUUGGACGAGACGAGCUUCAAGUCGAAGUAUAUGUACGAGAGUUGUUAAGUCUGGUUUUGAAUAACGUAGUACGAGGAAAAGAUAAGGUUUCUCUUGUUACAUUGUACGAUAAAUUGGAAGCACACAUGAGAGCACUGGAAACUUUGGGAGUAACAUCCGACAAAUGCGCGGCUAUGCUUUAUCCCUUAGUGGAAUCAUCUCUUCCUGAAGAUAUUUUGAGAGUAUGGCAGCGUUUACAAACAGCAAGUAAUGCGAAGGAUUCAAAAACUCGUUUGACUAAGUUGAUGGAAUUUUUAUGUGCUGAAGUUGAAAAUGAGGAAAGAAUCAGUAUGGCUGUUGCUGGAUUUUCGUUCGGAGUAUCUGAGAAGAGUAAACGGCAAAAGGUUAAAGAAGAUUCUUGUGAAGUGGCAACUGCAGUGGAACUAUUAACUAUUCAAGAGAAAAAAAUUUUAGAGUGCAUUUUUUGUGAAAAAAGUGACCAUGAUAGCCAGAACUGUUACAAGGCAAAAAAGUUGUCAUUGAAGGAGCGUCGUGUUGUUGUUAAGGAGCUUGGUAACUGUUUUAAUUGUUUGAAACCAGGCCAUAAUUACAAACACUGUCGGUCCAAAGUGAAAUGUGGUUGGUGUUGUAAAAAGCACGUUCUUUUGAUGUGUCCUGGACAGGUUAAAUAUGAGGGUAGUGAAAGUGGAGCAGGCGCGAAAAUUCAAAUAAAUGAUAUUAACAAUUUUGCAAGUUUGUCGAGUGCUCCUGAAAUUUAUCUGCAAACAUUGUGUGUGAAAAUGGUCAACGGAAGUCGAGAAUGUGUAGUGCGUGUGUUGAUUGACAGUGGUUCACAGCGAUCUUACCUGGCUCAAGAGGUCGCUAGGAAAUUAAAUUAUACUCCGAUCCAGACUCGACAGGUGUCUCACUCACUCUUUGGAGGCACCAGAUCUGAGCCUCAAUCGCAUAAGGUGUUUUUAGUUCGUGUAAAAAACCUAAGAGAUAAUUACACAUGUGAUAUUGAGGCAAUGGAUCAAAAGAUCAUCUGUGAUGACAUCGCGCGAAUUAAACCAGCUGAAUGGGUACAAGAACUUCGUGACAAGGGUGUGCAUCUUUCUGAUAUUGGAGAAGGCAAGCGGCCUGUAGAUCUCCUCAUUGGGGCAGACGUUGCUGGAAAGUUGCUGACAGGAAGGAAAAUCGAUUUGGAUAAUGGUUUGACAGCUGUGGAGACACAUUUGGGUUGGACGAUUAUGGGGAAAAAUUCAACGGUUCAAUCAAGGUAUUGAUGAUCCGGCAAGGAGAAAAACAAAACUUGAGAGAGAAGCAGACGUCGAACGAAGAUUCCAAGAAACAACAACCUUGAAUGACGAUAACAGAUAUGAAGUUCUUUUGCCUUGGAAUCAAGAUCACCCGCCA